AUGGCGACGACAGUCACCGAAUCGACCCCCUCGUUCGUCAAACUCCAGCUACGCACCGCUUACGGACCGGUGUAUCGCGAUGUUCUGACAAGUCCACCACGUGAGGCUCGAAGCGACGAGAUCCCCUUGAUCGACAUUGGGCGGAUCUAUGGCGACUUGGAUGACCGAAAGAGCCUCGCUCAAGAGAUCAAGUACGCGGCAGAGAACACUGGCUUCUUCUACAUCAAGAACCACGGUAUCCCGGAAUCAGCCAUCAACGGGGCCCUCGACGCGUCCAAGACCUUCUUCGCCCAACCUGAAGAGAAGAAACAAAUCGUGUCCAAGUCCAAGGGGAAAUACUAUAAUGGCUACAGUGGGAAUGGGACUGCCAUGGCAAGUCCUACUGAAGGAUUGGACUACCGCGAAUCUUUCAGCUGGCGCUACGAACCACAGUACGACCCGGACCCCAAAGACCCCGCGAACGUCCCCGCCGAGGUGCUUCCCUACAUCCGCGGCGAAGACUACGUGUGGCAAGGCACGUCGCACCUCCCGGGUUUCAAGUCUGGCUGCAUCACGUACUGGCAGGAAUGUUUGAAGCUGGCACGGCGGUUGGUGCGUAUCUUCGCGCUCGUGCUCGACCUGCCGGAGACGUACUUUGACAGCGUUACUACGUACCCGGGCAGCGACGGCGUCUUCAACUUCUACCCUGCUAUGACGGCCGCGCAGGCCGCGAGCAGCGCCGACAUCGGUCUCGGCUCGCACACGGACCUGCAGUGCUUCACGCUGCUCUGGCAAGACAUGAACGGCGGCCUGCAAGUGCUCAACAAGGACGGGCAGUGGAUUAAAGCCUCGCCGAUCCAGGGCACCUUUGUCGUCAACAUAGGCGAUUACCUUAUGCGCUUGACCAACGAUCGCCUCAAGUCUACGGUGCAUAGAGUCUUUAACAGAUCUACUGUUGAAAGAUACUCGAUGCCCUUCUUCUUUGGUUUCAACUUCAACGAAAAAUGCGGCGUCCUUCCCAGCUGCACCGACGAGAACAACCCGCCGAAAUACGAACCCAUCUCGUGCGCAGACUGGUGUCAGUUGAGAUUCCAACAGACAGACGUGGAGGGGAAGGGGCCAUCAUCUACGACGACGACGAUGACAACUUCUGCUUCCAACGUACCCGCGGUGUAUUGA